AUGAAAUCUACUAUAACGCUAGAAGAAGUAGUAAAUACAUUAGAUAAUCUUCCUUCACCAUUAGCAACCAGGAUGCCGAACAUCAAGGUUUUCAGUGGUAGCUCUCAUCAAGACUUAGCCCAAAAAAUUGUGGAUCGAUUAGGAAUCGAUUUGGGCAAAGUAGUAACCAAAAAAUUCAGCAACAUGGAAACAUGUGUUGAAAUCGGCGAGUCGGUUCGUGGCGAAGAUGUGUAUAUUGUGCAAAGUGGAAGUGGUGAAAUUAAUGAUAAUCUUAUGGAGUUGUUGAUUAUGAUUAAUGCGUGUAAAAUUGCGUCUGCUUCUCGCGUUACAGCCGUUAUUCCCUGCUUUCCCUAUGCAAGGCAAGAUAAAAAGGAUAAAAGCCGAGCUCCUAUUACCGCUAAACUUGUCGCCAAUAUUUUGUCUGUGUCUGGUGCUGAUCAUAUCAUAACAAUGGAUCUCCAUGCAUCCCAAAUUCAAGGAUUCUUUGACAUACCUGUUGAUAACCUAUUUGCGGAACCUGCUGUACUGAAGUGGAUAAAGGAGAAUAUUCCUGACUGGAAGACGAGUAUUGUAGUAUCGCCUGAUGCUGGUGGUGCUAAAAGAGUGACCUCUAUUGCUGACCGUCUGAAUGUGGAGUUUGCUCUUAUUCAUAAGGAGAGAAAAAAAGCUAAUGAGGUAGCUUCAAUGGUACUGGUAGGUGAUGUUAAAGACCGCAUUGCUAUCUUAGUGGAUGAUAUGGCUGAUACUUGUGGUACUAUUUGCCAUGCUGCUGAGAAGUUAAUUGAGGCCGGCGCCAUUAAAGUGUAUGCAAUUUUAACUCAUGGAAUAUUCUCUGGACCUGCAAUUUCAAGAAUUAAUAAUGCUUGCUUAGAAGCAGUUGUUGUCACAAACACUAUACCCCAAGAGAGGCAUAUGCAAGACUGUCCAAAAAUUCAGUGUAUUGAUGUAUCUAUGAUGCUAGCAGAGGCUGUCCGUCGCACACAUAAUGGAGAAUCUGUGUCUUAUCUCUUCUCAAAUGUUCCAUAUUAG